AAACAAGCCGUAAUGAGGGGUCCCUGAAAACUAGCUCUAAACACCAACAAGGAAGGGGAAAUGUCCUGAGCCUCUGCUGGCAAAACACACAACACAGAGGGCUAUAAAAGUGAGCCUGAACAGCUGGCACGCACACCCGCACUCACACACACACUCACACAACCCACACCCACACCCACUCCCUCCACCAGCCCCACCGCCCCCGCCAUGGCCGCGUCCGCCCUGUCCGUCUGCUCCAGCGACCUGAGCUAUGGCAGCCGCGUCUGCCUGCCCGGGGCCUCGGACUCCUGCCCCGACUCCUCCUGGCAGGUGGACGACUGCCCAGAGAGCUGCUGCGAGCCCCCGUGCUGCGCCCCGGCCCCCUGCCUGACCCUCCUGUGCGGCCCCUCCUCCCCCUGCCAGGGAGACUGCUGCACCCCUGCGUGCUGCAAGCCCGUCUGCUGCACCCCUGCGUGCUGCAAGCCCGUGUGCUGCACCCCUGUGUGCUGCAAGCCCGUGUGCUGCACCCCUGUGUGCUGCAAGUCUGUCUGCUGCACCUCUGUCUGCUGUAAGCCCGUGUGCUGCACCCCUGACUCUCCCUGCACAACCUCUUCAUGCUGCCAGCCGUCCUGCUGCACCUCCUCCCCCUGCCAGGGAGACUGUUGCACCCCUGUGUGCUGCAAGCCCGUCUGCUGCACCCCUGUGUGCUGCAAGCCCGUCUGCUGCACCCCUGUGUGUUGCGAGGACUCCCCCUGCUCAGCCCCCUCCUGCUGCCAGCCCAGCCCCUGCUGCAGACCCUCCUCCAGUGUAUCCCUGCUCUGCCGCCCUGUGUGCAGGCCCGCCUGCUGCACCCCUGUGUGCUGCAAGCCCGUCUGCUGCACCCCUGUGUGCUGCGAGGACUCCCCCUGCUCAGCCCCCUCCUGCUGCCAGCCCAGCCCCUGCUGCAGACCCUCCUCCAGUGUAUCCCUGCUCUGCUGCCCCGUGUGCAGGCCCGCCUGCUGCACCCCUGUGUGCUGCAAGCCCGUCUGCUGCACCCCUGUGCGCUGCAAGCCCGUGUGCUGCACCCCUGUCUGCUGCAAGGAUUCCCCCUGCUCAGCCCCCUCCUGCUGCCAGCCCAGCCCCUGCUGCAGACCCUCCUCCAGUGUAUCCCUGCUCUGCCGCCCCGUGUGCCCCCGCCCUGCCUGCUGA